ACUGCUCAGUUAGGACCCAGAGGGAACCAUGGAAGCCCCAGCACAGCUUCUCUUCCUCCUGCUGCUCUGGCUCCCAGAUACCACCGGAGAAAUAGUGAUGACGCAGUCUCCAGCCACCCUGUCUUUGUCUCCAAGGGAGAGAGCCACCAUCUCCUGCAGGGCUAGUCAGAGUGUUAGCAGCAACUUAGCCUGGUACCAGCAGAAACCUGGGCAGGCUCCCAGGCUCCUCAUCUAUGGUGCAUCCAACAGGGCCACUGGCAUCCCAGCCAGGUUCAGUGGCAGUGGGUCUGGGACAGACUUCACUCUCACCAUCAGCAGCCUAGAGCCUGAAGAUUUUGCAGUUUACUACUGUCAGCAGUAUAAUAACUGGCCUUCGUACAGUUUUGGCCAGGGGACCAAGCUGGAGAUCAAACGAACUGUGGCUGCACCAUCUGUCUUCAUCUUCCCGCCAUCUGAUGAGCAGCUGAAAUCUGGAACUGCCUCUGUUGUGUGCCUGUUGAAUAACUUCUAUCCCAGACAGGUCAAUGUAAAGUGGAAGGUGGAUAACGUCGAACAAUCGGGUAACUUCCAGGAGAGUGCCACAGAGCAGGACAGCAAGGACAGCACCUACAGCCUCAGCAGCACCCUGACGCUGAACAACGCAGAGUUCCAGAAACACAAAGUCUAUGCCUGCGAAGUCACCCAUCAGGGCCUGAGCUCGCCCGUCACCAAGAGCUUCAACAGGGGAGAGUGUUAGAGGGAGAAGUGCCCCAGGCCCCCACCUGUUCCUCAGUCCCAGCCUCACCACCUCCCAUCCUUUGGCCUCUGACCCUUUUUCCACAGGGGAUCUACCCCUAUUGCGGUCCUCCAGCUCAUCUUUCACCUCACCCCGCUCCUCCUCCUUGGCUUUAAUUAUGCUAAUGUUGGAGGAGAAUGAAUAAAUAAAGUGAAUCUUUGCA